CGCGUGCAUUGUGUACGUUCAGCGCGUCGCUUACAAACUGUUAUUAGUGCAACAUGGUGAAGUUCGAAGGAGAUUUCAGUAUAAACUCUAUACUUAUGAAUCAUGCGGUGAACAAGCCACCGCCGUCGCCGACUACAUCGUCAACGGGCGCUUCGCCCUCGGAGGCGGAUCUCAGCGAUUCGGAGCUGGACGUUAUCGGCACAGAGCCCGUCGACUGCACCAAACCCAAAGGAGAUGAUAGCGAGAAAAAGGAUAAGAAACACGAGAAGCCCGCAUACAGCUACAAUGCCCUCAUUAUGAUGGCAAUACGCAACAGUCCCGAGAAGCGGCUGACGCUAAACGGCAUCUACGAAUACAUCAUGACGAAUUUCCCAUACUACAGAGAAAACAGGCAAGGUUGGCAGAACUCUAUCAGACACAACCUCAGCCUCAACAAGUGCUUUGUGAAAGUGCCUCGCCAUUACGACGAUCCCGGUAAAGGAAAUUACUGGAUGCUGGACGCUUCCGCCGAGGAUGUAUUCAUCGGAGGCACGACUGGCAAGCUCCGUCGGCGGUCAGCUCUCAACGGCAGGUCGCGGCUUGCUUGCUUCAAACGGCCCCUGUUCCCCGGCGCUCCACUGCCUGGUGCUUACCCUCCAGCCACUUAUACACAACUCGUCGGUCUCUAUUCACAACUGCUCUACCAGAGAUAUGCGCCGAUACAGAUGAAGACACCGCCCGUAGCUCCGAGUGCAGUGCAUCCAGCAUUCCGUGGCGCAGAGCCGAUGGGUUAUGCCGCCCUUCCGUACGGCCCCGCUCUGUACGGCGCGGAGAGGCUACCGUCGGCACCUUUUCUACAAACCUCGUUACUACAAAACGCUCCGUUGAGCCAAAGUUCAGCGAUGCUGUCGCAAACGUCGCCGCUGCUGCCCUCGUCGCCCCCUCUGAUGACGCACUCGCCCCCCACGUCGGGCACAUCCAGCCCUGAGCUGCCGUCGCCGUCGCAUCAUCCCCUCACACCUCACAUCUACAAGCCCGUCACUGUACUCUCUAGACAGUGACUCCUCGAGCGAAGCGAUCUCAUAGAGGCUGAUCAAAUGACUCGGGAGAGUACUUGAGACAUUUCCACUAUAAUAUCUGUGAUUUUAAUAUUAGUUAAUCUAGCAAUAAGGGGCAGAGGACAAUAAUUUGUGCCGAGGUCUGGAAUCUCUUGUGUCCAUGCAUGUGUUACGCAUUAUUGCAAUAUUCUACUUAGCUAAUUUGUUAAUGUACCUCACUGUAGCAUUCCGCUAUUGUUUGUAUAGAGUUUACCUAAUUAGUAAUGUAAAUAGGUAUUCCCAAAGUGUAUAGAUAUUUAUUGAAGUUGUAGUAGGAUUAAGAUACGAGAAUUAUAAUGAAUAAAACAAAAUAUCGUCACCCAUAA